UAUAAAUGCUUUCCUAUCAAAACGUUGCAUAAAAUGAAUAUUAGAAAGAAAAAGACAUUCCAUCUCCAAGUCCUUUAUCUAGACCCAAAGACAAUAAUACAAAUUAAUAACCUACUCCAGUUCCCCAACCAUUCAAUACGUUACUGCCAGCUAAUCUGUAAUUUUUUAAUAGCUUAUACCAAUAGUCUACAUCCCUAGACAAUGGAAAAUGACAGAUAAUCGUAAAUUAUUGUUAUUCAUUUAGAAUAAAAUCAAACCUAUCCCAAAAAGAUUAAUCCUUUAAAUCGAAUUACAAUAUUAACUAAAUCAAUCCUUAAGAGUAGAUGCUUCUUGAAAAGUAAUAGUUUCUCAUGGAAGAAGGAGAAGACUUAAAGUAACACAAUUAAACUACCUAGAUCAUAAGUGAGAAAGUUAUAGAAUGAGAAUUAACAACUUAAAAAAGUUAUCGACUAACUUUAACCUGAAUUGUAUUCAGUUUUCCUUCUAAUCCUUUAGAUAAUCUUUUAAAAACCAAAAGUCGAUUGAACAAGAUCUCAAAGCCAAAUUUGAUUAUUAGGAAGAAAUGAUUGUUAAAUUGAAAUCCGAAGUUCGUAGAAAAUAGGAAGCUCUCCAAGAGAAUCAAUAUAAGUUAGCUGAAUUGGAUAAACUUUAAAAAAAGUUGGAAGAUUACAAUCUCUUGUCUUCUAAAUCAAAUGAACUAAAUAAAUAAAUCAAAGAUCUUCAAGAUUAAGUUUAAGAUUAGAAAAGGUAAUUAGUCUAUCUUAAUUCUGCUGAACAUGAAAAUAGCAAUUUAAAAGAAUAUAUUGAAACAUACAAGCAAUAAUUAAGAGAAAAGGAUAUAAAAAUUGAAUAGCAUAGAGAAUAAUAGGAAUAAUUGUACUUAGAUAAUAAGAAAAUGAAAACAACAUUGGAUAUGUUAAAUUUCGAACUUAAAAAAUAAUAAGAAAAUUCUAAAGAUUAAUUACAUAGAGCUACUUUAUAAAUUACAGAACUUUAAGGAUAAGUGAGUUCUUAUUAAAAAACAAUUGCUAAUUAAGCACAUCAAAUUGAAUUACAAAAAUAAUAGGUUAAGUAAUUAGAAAUUAAAGAAAAAGAACUUUAUAGUACUAAAAAUUAAGUAUUGAAAUUAGAAGAAUCUAUACAAAAUCUAAAUUAAUAAAAUUUACUAUGUAACUUAUUAUUCUUUAAUUUAAUUAGAAUAGAAAGAAAUUGAAAAAUUAGCUAUGACUUUAAAGAAUGGCAAAUAAGAAUAUCUAAAUUAAUAAUAGAAACUUGUUAAUGCUGAACAAGAAAUAAAAAAACAAUAAGAUUAAAUUCAACAAUUACAAAAAUAUAAGGAUUAAAUAAUUCAUUAAUGUUAAUUCCUUGAAUAAGAAUUAAAAAAGAAACAAGGAAAUUUAGAUUAAAGCAUAAAUUAAGCUCAACAUAAAUAGAUUGAAAUGAAGACUGUUUUAGAUUAACAAUAAAAUUAACUUUAAAUAAUGGAAGGGGAAUUAUAAAAAAGAGAUGCUAUCAUUUUUACUUUAGACUAACAAAAUUAAACAUUAAAAAGCUAACUUGAAUAAUAUUCUUAAGCUGACUCUUUAAAUAAAAAUGAAUUGAAUAGUAAUUUUGCAAAAAUGAAAGAAAUGCAUAAUGAUUUGAUUUUAUAUGAGAAAUAGGUCGAUUCUAUAAGUUUGGGUAUAGGAUAAUUUUAUUUAUAUAGAAAACCAUUAAAUAAAGUUGUAAAAUUAGAUGCUCUAAGAUAGAAAUAACUAAUUAGAAUUUGAAGUUACUAAAUUAAGAGUAAUACUUCAUAACUAUAUAUAGGAAUAAUUAAUAACACAAGACAAUCGUAUUAGAAAUUUAGAAAAUGAAUUGUAGAGUUAAUCAUUCAAUCAAAAGUUGAACACAAUACGUAUGCCAUACACCUCAGAUCAGCUCUUUCCGAAUUAAUAACAGUUCUUAUAAUCAAAUACACCUAAAGGUUCUUUUAAUAAUUAAUUCAAUUUUUAUAAAUGA